CUAAGAAUUGUAGAGCUUUACCCCGAAGGGAGCCCUUCCAGAAAUUCUCGACGGCCAAGGUCAAGCCCUGGCCGAAGAGGGGGUUUGGAAAUAGUUUUCAACCAGCAAUAGACGCGCCUCGGUUAGAACCUCACUAGCUGCGUCAUUGCCCCAAGCGCAAA